GUUUGCUGCUGCAACUAUUAAUAAAACUCGAAAUGAAACUGUUUGCAUUUGCCGUAUUGAUAAUGGCCUUGGCCAAUAUGGCCUGGUCUGCUUCGGUGGGCAAGCCUGGCUGUGGUGGUAGUACUUCAUCCAAGAAUAUACAGCUAACCAAUCCCAAAAAUCCUCCCAGAGAGUGUGUCUACAAGAUUAAUGCCUACAGCAGCAAUGUAUGUCAAUUGCGCAUUGAGUUUGGCUACACCUUGGCACCACCCUCGUUGCCUGGCCAGGACAAUGAUCUGAAAUAUGUGCAGUGUGAUAAAGAUUACUUCCAAGCUGGGGAUGUGAAACUGUGCGGCACUGAAUCGGCACAACACAUCUAUUUGCCUUUCAAUCGUACGGCUGGCGUAACAAGUGUAGAACUUAUGGUGGCUUUGGCAAAUCGUGUGAGCUAUAAUAAUUUACCCACUCCCAAGUGGAAUAUAUUUGUGACACAAUUGGAGUGUCCGGUUGGCGCUGCUAUUCGUGGUGUAGUACCAAUUGAACCUGCAUUGGGCAGUUCUACCAUUAAGGAUGGUUUCUUUGUGGCCCCUCCUGGUUGUUUGCAGUAUUUCCCUUAUGCUGAGGGCACGGUGACCUCAUUCAAUUUUGAUCAGGGGAAGGGUAUUUACCCUGGUAAAUUGAAUUAUGCUAUAUGUUUCCGUCGUACCGAAGACACCAAGGCUUUAGUUUUAAAAUCGAACUUUUUCCUUUUGGGUGCCGCUUCGGAGGAAAAUGAAACCGAUGAAUAUUGUUAUGCCAAUCCAACUAACAAUGGCAUUAGCUCCGAUUAUUUAAUGAUACCACAGGCUGAAAUUAAAGUAACAGGCAAACGGGCCACCUAUUUCUGUGGUGACAGCAUACAAGGAGUGGAAGUUGUUAGCACAAAUCCCGGACCAUUAAUGCUAUUGUUCAAUAGUGAUGGCUUAUAUACAAAAGAAUCAGGAUUUUCAUUUAACUAUAAUGUGACUACGAAAUAAUUGCAAUAUUUAAUAUUUUUUUAUAAUAAAUAAAUCUAAAGUAUAAAGUUUGGAAAAUGGCAGAUAUCUGUAAAUAUU